CACAUGGCUGAUAGUCGACUUACAAAUCCCUCUCAAGAGGUGAUAAAAUUUUGUCGAGAAGGAACAAAAAAAAAACGACGAAAUGAAAUGAAGAGAAAACGUGUGUAAUGGACAAAUAAUCAAUUAAAUUUGCAAUAGGAUUUAGUUGUUAAGUUGGCAAAGAUGAUGGAAGUGUUAAAAGAAAGGUCAGUAUCAACGCGGAAUCGGAUUUUUUCAUUCGUCAAUUUGCACGCGUUCUUCGUCGUUGUGUCGUCCGUCGUAGAGGUGAUUUAAGAAGAAAUAAAAAAUAAAUACGAGAAAUACAACAAAACCCCCCCGCUACUAACACCAUGCUGCUGUGCAACGUUUAGUGUAGAGUGCAUAAGCAAAAUAUUUUUUUAAAGGAAAUUGAUGUGAUGUUUUGUGAGUGAUCAGAAAAUUGAGAAAAAAAAGAUUUGAAACAAAAGAAAUAUGGAAAAUAUGGAGUGAAAAGCAAAGAGAAGAGAAAGAAAAAGAUAACCGAAUAUAAAGUAAGGCAAAAAAAGAGUAAGAAGAAGAAAGAACGGCAACAAGAAAGAGGAAACGUUAAAGAAGAAUUGAUAAAGAAGAAAAAUUGAUACAACAAAAAAUAAAGAAAAAAAAACUAACAAAACGAACAUUUUCCGGUGAAAAUUUGUGGACAUUUUCUUCACCUCAUAACAAAACGGUCAACUCUGAAAAAAUGUUCACUUCACCAUUUCAUUAUUCCACAAUGAGACCACAACCUCCUGGUGGAGGAGGUGGGCAAACCUUAGAUGCCGGUGCUGAGGAGCUGCGCAAUGUUGAGUGGUACUGGGGCAAAAUGACCCGAGAGGAAGUCAAAAAUAUUCUAGCUGGCAAACCCGAUGGCAGCUUCUUGGUACGUGAUGCCCUCUCCAAGGAGGGCGAAUACACGCUCACCCUCAUCAAAGACGGCACCGAGAAGUUGAUCAAAAUCUGCCACCUCAACGGCAAAUAUGGAUUUUUGGACUGUAAAUUUAACUCCGUCGUAGAGCUAAUCAAUUAUUACAAAGUCAAUUCGUUAAAAUUGUACAAUAAAACACUGGACAUUACGUUAAGUAAUCCCAUCAUCCGUCCCAUCGAGGACGACGAACAGCCUUAUAGUGAUCUUAGGUAUAUAGCCGAACAAUUUCUAGUAGUACACCGAAGACUUAUCAAACAGCAGCAGAGUUUAGAACAAAAAUUGAAAACCUUCAAAGCCAUAGAAGCCGAACUAAAUGACAAGAAACUGCACCAGGAGGUGUUCCUGAGGGCGGAGAAAAUGUUCCAAAGUCAAAUUAAGAUUUUGGAGAAUUUCAUCAACUCCCAACCGCCGGCGAUUAAUUUGAAUUGCUCCAACAGUACACCGCCAACAACAAUACCAACGAAUAAUGCCACCCGCCAACAAGAACAAGAACAACUGCAACAAAAUGCCGCCCUUAUGAAGGCGCGUCUAAGUGAUCUCUGCAGUGAAAUGAAUAAGCUGAAUCAUCAUGUGGAAGCGAAGAAGGAGGAAUACAAGGGCCUGGAGCGUGAAAUCAAUGCAGCCAAACCCGAAUUGCAAGACAGUAAUAUGCGCAAAGAGAAAUAUCUGGAACGUCUCAAGGAGUUUGGCAUCUCGGAAGAGGAUAUCAAACAGCUAAUCGAAAUGGGCUUCGAGGCAUGGCAAGAGCGUUACGAAAUCGAAUCGAAUCAACCGCACAACGAUGAAUCGAUGUGGUUCCUCAAGGAUAUAACACGUCAGGGUGCCGAAGAUUUGCUGCGCGGUGCACCGACGGGCACAUUUUUGAUACGUGCCCGUUCCGCCGGUCAUUACGCCCUGUCGAUAGUGUGUAAAAAUUAUAUCAAUCAUUGUAUUAUAUAUAAAACCGAUAGCGGGUAUGGUUUUGCGGCACCCUACAACAUCUAUCAGUCGCUGAGGGAUCUGGUGGAUCAUUAUGCCAACAAUUCGCUGGAGGAACACAAUGAUACGCUGACGACCACGCUCAGUAUACCGGUGAUCUAUUGGCAUCAGAAUAAAGAACUGAUAACGCAGCAGCUGAAGGAACAAAUGGAAAUGGAGAGGCAGCAACAGGAGAUGGAGCAGCAAAUGCAGGAGAAUAUGAUAUUGCCGCCACAGCAACAACAACAACAGCCACCAUCGCUGCUGGGGGGUAAUGCCUCGGCGCCGAUUGCGGUCAGUGGAGCAGCAGCAAUAAUGCACAUGAAUGAUAUGGCAGCUAGUCAGACGCCACCAACAGCAGCAACACCACCUCAGGCACAUUCCUAUGGCAGCAGUAGUGGGGGCAUUGGCGGUGGUAGUGGUGGUGGUAAUGGUGAAGGCGGUGCCGGAAGUUAUCCAGGCGGCGGUAAUCUAUAGUUUCAUUUUUGGUAGAGUCUGUAAUGAAAAGAUGUUGGCGGCAUGGCGCCCCUGCCACCAUCAUUAUCCUCUCCUGUCCAGGACUUUUGUUAAAUAAUGGGUAAGCAGCCAGGAGGCUGCAACACUCAUCAUCACUCCACCAUGAUGUCUUGCAAUGAUGGAAUCAAAGGAAUUUCUCUUAACUACUGUUGGUUACUAAAAUGGAAUUCCAACAUUUUGUUUGUUUUUUUGAUACAUAGAUACAACUACAUAAAUACAUACAUACUUAUACAUAUAUAUAAGAAGCAGUACAUACAUACGGAAAUAGAAAUGUAUAUAGAAAUGAUAGAAAGGAAAGAAGAAAAGUUUGAUUUGAUGAAAAGUGGUGCUUUGAGAUAGAACCUCCACUACAGGUCUAGUGCUACCUACAGCUGGCUGUUGAUUUUUGUACAAUUCUGUUUUUUGUUUUGCACAAACACACAUACACAAACACACACUACUUUUGUAUUUGUACUCUUGUUUAUAACUCUUUUUUUUUAGGAGCAAGUCAAGAAAAAAAAUGAUCCUCCUUUAACUACUUUAAAGAAAGAAAAAAGAAAAAUUAACUUUUUAGAUGAUAAGAAUGAAUGAAAAGAACCCCCCUCCCCCAUACCUUGUUAAGUAACAUUGUCUACAAAAUAAGAAAAAAAAAACAAAAUCUCUCUCUCCCCCCUCAAGCAAAAAAUUUGAUUUAUUGCCGAACAACUCGCUGUUCCAAUUUGUGUUGUACUACUUCUCCUCCACCUUCAACAACAACAAUUGUCGAAAAAAAACUUAAAAAUGAAAAACAAAAAGUGAUGAUAAUGUUUAAGUUUAAAGCAACAAGAAUACAAUUUAACUUAAAAGAAAAAGAAGAAAAAGAAAUGAAAGAAAUAUAAGAUCUUAGCAUUUUGCGUGAUAUAUUAAGUGACCAUGAUUAUAAUGAUAAUGAUAUAUAAAAAUAAUAAUAUUAUUACAAUUACCAUUAAUUAUGUUUAAUAUUUGUUUGUGUAAUAUUUUCGUAUAUGUCAAAACAACAACCCCUUCUCCACCCUCCUAAUUCUUACAAUACGACUAACAAUAAUUUUGUUUGUCCCCCCC